CAGUUUGAGAAUAGAUGCGGCGACAUCGACAGACGAUGUUGUAGCAAUGAUGAUUCUGCCCUCUUCCCUCGCCAUUCUUCUGUUUGCUAAAGCUUUUUCUGUGUCUGCGACAGGCGACUGUGAAGUGUGUGUGGGUUUCCUUCAGAGAUUAUAUGACAGUCUGACGUCAGCCCACAGAGAGCUCAGCCCUGCCCUGGUGGAGGAAGAGCUGGCCAGGGCCUGCUCUGUGACCCAGGGGAAAGAGGGGAGGCUGUGUUACUACCUAGGAGCUAGCAGGGAUGCAGCGACCCGUGUCAUAGCAUCAGUGUCUCGACCUCUUGCUUCCCAUGUUCCUGUAGAGAAGAUCUGCCAGCGCCUCAGCAACACAGACACACAGAUCUGCCAGCUCAAAUAUGAGCAGCGGCUGUGGGAUCUAAGCAGUGCUGGGCUCAACAAGUUGAGAGUUGCUGAGCUGAGGAAGGUUUUAGCCUCCUGGGGAGAAGAGUGCCACGGCUGCCUGGAGAAACACGAGUUUGUCAGCCUCAUCCAGGAGAAAGCUCCACUGCACAUCCACACUGCUGAUCUGUGAAGACAAAACAGCAGCCAAGCCAUCCUGAGAAUCCUGCAUGGAGCCAAACUCUCGUGGACAGUACAUUGCGCAUCAGUGUCUGACAUGGAGACUUACAUAGCUUUGGAACAGUAUACACAAUAAUAAGGAACACUGAAGUUUCUUCUCAACACUACAUGGAACAAGAUGACCAAAACUCUGAGGACUCAGUCCCAGUCAUGCUAAUGAUAAGAUUCAUUUAUCAUUUAUUUAUUUUCCAUUUGUAUUGAUAGUUGCUCUCUUUACCCUGAUACAUACAACACAACAUGGCAUCACGGUUGUCCAGUGUGCAUCUUCUACUGCAGUUUCUGACCCAAUUUACUUCUGUCUCUCCCAUAGAUCUAUCUAUAUUGCAUAUUCCUGUUGAAACACAAAUCCUGUUCAAACCUGGUGGUUUUAUCCAGAUAUAUUCAAAUUUUAUCUAGUUUCAGUUGAGAUGGAUUUCAAGUGAUCACUUAUGUUUGGAUACUGUGUCACUGCUUUAUAUGCAAAAUACUCAUAUGACUUGUGUUCAUUUCUGUUCCUGUGCCUGCACUCAAAAU